UGAAUUUCCUGUAUACCAAAACUUGUUUCUCUCUGUCUGCCUCUCCCUUCCUUUCUCGUUUUUUCCUCAGAAGAGAAGGGGAGAAGAAUUAAUAUAAAAAAACCAUAAAAAAUAUUUAUUUUGAUUCCUUUUUAGUCUGGUUUAUAACAAAAUCUAGAGAUAAAACUAUAUAUAUGUUUAAAAAAUUGUGGUGGAAAUUGUCAUACAAUGGGAGUGAAGGAAAAUGGGAACAACAUGAAGUACGAGAGAAUGGGAUCAGAUGCAGCAGAGGAUGAAAUUGUGCUGACAAAUAUUGUACGACACAAGAAGACGGCGGAAGAGGGUGUUAUUGUUAAUAAUAUCAAUAGCAAUACGAGGAAAUAUGUUUUUGCUUGUGCCAUUUUAGCCUCUCUCAAUUCUGUGCUCCUCGGCUACGAUGUGGGUGUUAUGAGUGGAGCAAUUAUAUUCAUUCAGGAGGAUUUGAAGAUAUCAGAGGUACAAGAAGAAGUUCUUGUGGGAAUUUUAAGCAUAGUUUCACUUUUGGGUAGUUUGGCUGGCGGGAGAACAUCAGAUGCCAUUGGUAGAAAAUGGACAAUAGCCCUUGCAGCUGUUGUCUUUCAAUCAGGUGCAGCUAUAAUGUCUCUGGCACCUUCUUUUCAAAUAUUGAUGAUAGGCAGAAUCUUGGCUGGGAUUGGGAUAGGUUUUGGAGUCAUGAUUGCACCUGUGUACAUUGCCGAGAUAUCACCUUCCAUUACCAGAGGAUCUCUUACUUCCUUUCCUGAGAUCUUCGUGAAUCUAGGAAUUCUUCUUGGAUACAUCUCAAACUAUGCGUUUUCAGGGUUUCCAGUACAUGUAAACUGGAGGAUUAUGCUUGGUGUGGGAAUCCUUCCCUCAGUUUUUAUUGGGUUUGCCUUGUUCAUAAUUCCUGAAUCCCCAAGGUGGCUGGUAAUGCAAAACAGAGUCGAAGAAGCAAGAUCUGUGCUUUCAAAGACAUAUGACAGUGAAAGAGAAGUGGAAGACAGAUUAGCAGAAAUACAAGUAGCUGCAGGGAUUUCUAAUGCAGAGAAGUAUGAAGCGAAAGCAGUAUGGCAUGAGAUAUUAAAUCCUACUCCUGCAGUUAGGCGGAUGCUGAUCACAGGUUGUGGAAUUCAAUGCUUCCAACAGAUCACAGGUAUUGAUGCAACUGUUUAUUACAGUCCCACAAUUUUCAAAGAUACUGGGAUAAAGGGGAAUACAGAACUUCUCGCUGCAACAGUUGCUGUUGGGUUCACCAAAACCAUGUUCAUCUUGAUUGCAAUAUUUCUUAUUGACAAAUUGGGUAGAAAGCCUUUGCUUUUUGUAAGCACGAUUGGGAUGACAUUCUGCUUGUUCUGUUUGAGCUUCACUCUAACUUUCCUCGGGGAUGGGCAGUUUGGGAUUGUAUUGGCAAUUUUAUUAGUUUGUGCAAACGUAGCUUUCUUCUCAGUUGGUAUGGGCCCGGUUUGUUGGGUCGUGUCAUCUGAAAUAUUCCCUCUAAGGCUUCGAGCUCAAGCAUCUAGUCUUGGUGCAGUGGCUAGUAGGGUCAGCAGCGGCCUUGUUUGUAUGUCCUUCCUCUCUGUGUCUCGUGCAAUCACAGUUGGAGGAACCUUCUUCGUCUUUUUCAUGGCUUCAGUUCUAUCUGUUGCUUUCGUCCACAAAUGUGUCCCAGAAACAAAAGGGAAAUCUCUGGAGCAAAUUGAAAUGCUCUUUCAGAACGAGGGAGAAUGGCGAAGAGGUGAGGUUGAAAUGGGAGACUCUGAGCGUCUAGUGCAUAAACGAUGAGUUGGAGGCAAUUACCAGCAUGCUAAGCCACAACCUUCCUGCAGCUUUGCUUGUAAAUUCAAAACUAGUUCAUGCAGAGGUACGCUCGUACUGCAGAGUUCACAUCACAAAAAGAACAAUUAGUUUAAAACUUUGUUGCUGCUGUUGAUAAUAGUUAUACAUCUAGCUAAGCCAUAAGGGGUUAAUCAAAUCAUGAACGUUUUACCCUAUAGAGUUAGAGCUUUGGUGGUUUUCGACACAUGGGAUCAAACUUAUUUGAAGUCUAGUAGUUCGGAGUGGAAAACUUUUCCUGUGCAUGAUCAUUUUGGCCAAUGUCAACUUCGUUCAAACUGUUUAUCGCGUCUUCCAUUGCAAUUCUUGCCAAUCUCUCAGCAACCUAUAAUCUGGAAGAAUUAGCAUGUAUUUUUAAAGGACUCGGAUUCAAGUACAUGCCAAGCUUAAGUUCCAUGUUUGCAUUACUAUAUGCAGUUCAAUCCACGGAAGAUAAAGUUUACUAUAUCCUGCACAGGUAUAUAUUAACUUCCAUCACGUUUCCCAAUGCAAAAUUGUAAAGAGUAAAGACUAAAGAGACAUCAGAAACACGGCAUACCUCGAGGAGGAACUAGGAAGGAACGUGCUGAAAACGAAAGCGCAAAGAGGGCACAUGCAGUGAGGGGCAGCGGACGACAAGGACAGACAGACAGCAAGAGAGUUUCACUUUCUUGAAUGCAAUUGUCAGAAGUUAAUAUUCAGGUCCAACAAGGGUCGAAAAACUCCAUACCCAAUCGCCAAAUUCAGAGAAAACUCAUUUAGGG